GUCUCUCAUGAUUUCCACGCAUGGUGCAUAGCGCAUAUCGACUGGAUAAAUUCAUCUAUACGAUUUCAUUAUUGUUACACAGCUUUCUUCAUCAGAUCAAUCAACUGAGCGUCCAAUAUGCAAGAAACCUCAGUGAAUAUCGCAUGUCCAGACUUUUACAUAUCAUCGACGUAAAAUCGCAAGGACAGAACGGAGAGCUACGAACAGUACGAACCAUGAGCCGAUCAAGUAAGGAAAUGGUGCGUCGUCUGCAUCAAUUAGAAGACAUGAUUUUACCAACAUACCCAAGAGUUUCACAGCCAACAGCAUCUGUGCAGAAUGGCGGACCACAAGAUCCGGUCCUAGAAGCCUUAGAACCAAUACCUGUUAAGGAUUACAGACACGAUCCUUUCUGUCGUGUAAUAUGUUUACUGGCUCCGUUCUCUCGAGCACCGUUGAGUAUGACCCCAAUGAUGUUCCAAUUACUCGCAAGCUAUCACCAAAUAAUGCCCGAGAUCGUUGACUAUCUAUCGGCAUUCGGGCACGAAACAGCCCAAGGAGCUCGAUUCUGCGGCUUCAACACCCACAUACAACUCGACUUGAACCCUUCAAGUAGAUUGGUUGUCAGUGCACUUGGGCGAAGUGGACGCUUGUAUCAGAUAUGCUACAAUCUGAGGACACCACCUCGAGUACCCAUUCAGAAGUCGACGUCCUCAGCAGCACUACCAACAACAUCUGGACGCAUGGCUUUCCGCCAGUUGAUUGUCCAUCAUCAAUUCGACAUCGGCCGAGGUGUAGCUCUUUGGCUUUUAGCGGGCGGGGCUCGAGAUAUCAUACCAGGAAUCGUGGACAGCCUUGUUCCAAAGAUUGAAUCAAAAGAGGAUACUACCAUGACAGACCGUUUUAGAACUACGCUCGACGUCCAUUUUUUCAACUGUGAGCAUGCUACGAUAGACUGGCGAGAGUGCAUAGAAUUUCUAGAGAAGAGUUUUGAUGAAUACCGACUUAUGCUCUUGGAGAACCUCGAACUCGACGAGGGCGAAUAUUCUAAGAGUAUUUUUGAUACUAUAACAGCGCUUAAGAAUUUGCAGAUAAAUGAAGAGAAUGUUGGCAAUGCAGUACUAAUUCUACAUUCAAAUAUCGACACAAUGAAGUCUCUGGUGUCAUUCUACGAAGAAUUGGAAGAAAACCACACAGAUGAAAUAUGUGCCGGGCACAGUGGAUUUGACUCAAGGAACAAUGGAAUCCGCAGGUUCGUGAAGAAAAUCGGGCAUUUAGUAUCAGAGAUGAGUAUGCUCAUACGGCGCGGGGAGCGCCUCGCUCAAGUGGUGGCAGAUACCAAGAAUCUCGUCAUUAAAACCCGGGAGUUUCAGAAUUCUAAGCAAAUCGAAAUUCUCACGAUUGUAACCAGUCACUUGGGUUACCAGGCCCAAAAGGAAACCAUUGCGGUGAGGGUAAUCACUAUUGUGACCUUAUUGUAUCUUCCAUGUUCCGUAGUUUCGUCGUUCUUCUCAACCGACGUAGUAAAAUUUCUCGUCGAUGAUAAUAACUCCCUUUGGUCUAGCCAAUGGUCUGCGAAGGCUUUGGUUCUCUGGCUUGGAGUGACCGCUGUACUUAUGGCUCUAACGCUACGAGCUAGUUACAUAUUCUACAGACACGAGCAAGAGAGACAGCUUGAUGACCUUGACAGGACUAUGGUGAACUUGGUAGGGAAUGGACUGGUAGACGUUUUGAACAACAGAAAAAAUGGCGUGGGAUCAACCUGGCUUCUCGAUUUUUUCGGUCUUGGUGCUUCAACACCGAAGGAAACUCCUAUGUCUACUGAAGUCCCUGAUGACCCUAACACCGGGGGCCCAAUAUGGAAUGUGGCUAAUCAUAGGGAGGAGAAAGUUGCGAGGCUCAAAUGGUGCCGACACUUCUUUAGCAAGUCUGAGGCUAAAUCUGUCUCGCCAGUAGAGAGCCAUGAUGCUCAACAAAGAGUAUGAAAAUAUGACCUUGAUCGAUAGAGGAGUCUUCAAUCGCUACCAUUUCUUGCCAUACUACUCCCCCCAAUAUAUCGAGAUGUCAAUAUGCACAGGGCGGUAGAAAAAUGAACGAUAUUGGAGGCAAAGAAAUCUCGAGACCAUGAGUGUGGUAAAUAUUGAAACAAUAGAGUCCGC